CUUAAUCUUUUUCCCAAGUUUUUUUUUUAUUACGGCCUGAACUAUGAAUAAUUUGUCUUUAGUAGUUUUGUUUUGUUUUUAUUUGAAUUAUUAUUUUUCUUUUCUUUUCUUUAACUUCACGAAUAAUGUAAAUAUUUUUAUUUUCAGUUUUAUUUUUAUUUAUUGUUGUAACACUCAACCAGCGGGUGGACUGAAUGUUUGUAGUUGAAUUGUAACUACAUAACUUGUAAGUACAUUGGUUUAUUAAUAUUUAUUGUUUUGCUUCUUUACGCAACGACGCAUAUUAAUAAUUUUGUUUAGAAUAUUACCUGAUCUCAUUUUAUAUUUAUUAUAAUUUAAUCUUUAAUGUCGGAAACGGAAAGCGAUAUAGCUGAAAUAUUUUUCUCAGCAAGUAGUAAUGAUGCAAGUUUUACCAGUGUUCCUUCUUUGGCUGAGACACUAAUGUCGCAGUUUUCUGAUGGUUCCCGGAACUUUAAUGUUGUUCACAUUAAUGCCCAGAGCGUACCAGCACAUUUUCCUGAUAUGCUGGCAAGUUUUAGCUGUGAGAACAUCCACGCCAUUCUUAUUUCCGAAUCAUGGCUUAAGCCUUGUCUCCCUUCAUGUUCGUAUGCUUUACCUGGCUUCCGUCUUAUUCGCAACGAUCGCAUAAGUGGUGGUGGCGGUGGUGUAGCCAUAUAUCUCCGUACACACAUUGAGUAUACAAUAAUUAGUCUGUCUGCACAGCCUCCUCCACCUAAUGCCGGUGAGCAUCUUUUUCUGGAAGUGGAGCUAAACCACCGUAAAGUUCUCUUGGGUGUCUACUACUCACCCUCGUCACAUUUAGAUUUUUUCUCAUCCUUUGAAGGCAUCCUCGAAACUUUAGUUCCUUCUUACAACCAUUGCAUAAUAAUGGGUGAUUUUAACACAUGUCUUCUUAAAAGUAAUAGUCGUUCUUCUUCUUUUCUAUCUGUUACCGAAUCUUGUAAUUUAUCUAUUCUCCCCUUAAAUGCUACACACACUUUCCCCAACUGUACCCCGUCACUUCUUGACCUAAUUUUGAUUAGCUCUCGAGAUCACGUCGCUAAACACGGACAGUGCUCAGCCGAUGCGUUUUCUUACCACGAUUUACUUUUCCUUUCUUAUAAGAUUCGCCCCCCCAAGGCCAAAUCUAGAAUCCUCUUGCAACGCAAUUUUGGUGGUAUAGACCUGGAUAACCUUCGUGAAGAUGCUAGUGGUAUUGACUGGGACCCCUUAUUUGCAUGUGACGACUGUGACGAAAAGACGAUCUCCAGCUUUAUACGCAAGCCCCGGUGGAAGAAUUGCCUCUUGCUUGCACCAAAGUAAAUAAUGACUUACUUAGUAUAACAAAUUGGAGUAAAUCUUAUGGGCUGCAAAUAAAUCCGACAAAAACUCAGGUCAUUAUUGUCGGUGCACCUAGAAGGCUUGCGACAGUUGAUUGGACGCGAAUUCCCCCAAUUUCAAUUGAUGGAGUUCAAAUACCAGUUAGUGAUAAGGUGAGAAACUUGGGUAUCUUUGUAGAUAGGCAUAUGUCAUGGGAUGCACAAAUUAAAGAAACUUGUCGAAAGAUUUAUGCGGCUGCAGGAUCCUUAAGACGUCUGCGAAAUUUUCUCCCUGCUGCCACCAAGACUGCGCUUGCACAAUCUCUUCUUCUCCCCAUCCUUGAUUAUGCUGAUGUUAGCUAUCUCGAUCUCACUGAAGCACAAUUAAAUAAACUAGAGCGUCUUCAAAAUUUCUGUUUAAGAUUUAUAUUUGGCUUACGAAAAUAUGAUCACGUCUCAGAAUUUCGCGCUAAGCUCAAGUGGCUGCCAAUUCGCCUUCGUCGGAAUGCUCAUAUUCUUUCUUUGCUCUAUACUGUUCUAUUUAAUCCUUCUUCUCCUUCUUAUCUCAAAAGACGCUUUGAGUUUAUCCGUGAUACACAUACCAUAUCCCUGAGAUCAACGGACAACAUGCAAUUAAUGAUGCCAGUGCAUUCGACAAGGUUCUACGAUCAUUCCUUUACUGUUCAAGCUAUUCGUUUGUGGAAUGCUCUCCCGGUACGUAUACGACAUGCUGAAACAUUAAAGUCGUUCAAACGCCUCAUUAAGGAACAUUUUUUAAAUACUAGUCAACCGAUUUAAUGUGUGAUAGGGUAAAUUUCUGAAAUUGGUAUCUACUUAAAUUGUAUAUGUUUCAAAGGUAUUUUAAGUAUCUUUUAUAUGUAAAUUGCUUAUUCUUAUUUAUGUGUAAAGAAGCAAAAUUUAAACUUAAUUUAUUUAUUUUUUAUUUCUAAUAAUUAUUAUUAUAUUAUAAUACUUUGUAUUAAUUUUAUGUAUAUUUACAGAGAUAUGUAUGUGUAUAUGUAUGUGUACAUAUAUGUAUAUGUAUUUCACUGGAAUGGUACACCGCGCGUAGUUCGUUUCCAAAUGAUUCUUGUCCACCUGAUGGUUGUCUGGAAGAGAUCGCUUUUAGCGAUAAGACCGCCAAUUGUACUUUUUGUUUUUAAUGUAUCGCACUGUUCAUUUGUUUUUUUUGGUGUACAAUAAAGAAUACUCUCUCUCU